AUGUCAGCUGCUUUAAAGCUCAUACGCUUUGGAACCGCAGCACUGUUCCAUGCUCCCAUAAGAACUCUAUCUGCGACCCCUUCCCUGCAUUCUCUCAAACCCUUCGCUGCCUCACAAUCUCUGCGCUUCCCCAGGUACAGCUCUUCCUCCGCUGCAAUUGAAACUAUUGAUAGCGUCACCGCUAACAGCACAGAAGCGCCGCUGCUCCAUCCCUGGCCCGAGUGGGUGGCUUUUAUCGACCGCUUGAAGACCAAAGGUUACUUCACCGGAACCCAGCCGAGCGAGAGUGACGAUGUUUACACGGACAUGACUCAAAUAAAGGAUGCGUGCCUCAGUUUUGCUCGUGACCGCUACGAUGUUUUCAAAUCACUGUCUACGGAAGAUAUGCAAGCAGUUGUGGAGGGUGGAUGCCCCAAUCUUUUCCGGAAAGCUGUGAAUUCAGCAAAAAGAUUGAGAUUCUAUCUGAGGCUAGAUGAAGGGGAUGUUUGUGGUGCUUGCAAUCUGCGAGGUUCCUGUGAUAGAGCGUAUGUGGUUCUUAAGGAAUCUGAAGCUGCGGCACGGACAGUGGAUAUAGUCCGAAUACUAUUGUUUCAUGCUCUGGAUCCACUUGUUAUUUCUGGGGGGGAGAAACCUCUUGGUAGAGACCUUCUAGAAACAUCUGCAAGGAAACUGCUUUCUGAGUUACUUCAACUCAGUGAAACAGCUGUUGACCCAUCACUUCCAAAGCCUGCUGCCAAAGCUGAGAAAAAGUUAUCUGCAAGUAUCAUUGAUGAUGGACUAUCUCAAACUGUUGAAAUGAAGAGAGGAGAUUGGAUGUGUCCCAAAUGCAAUUUUAUGAACUUUGCUAAAAAUCUAAGAUGCCUACAAUGUAAAGAAGAUGGCCCAAAAAAAGCUGAUGCGGGUGAUCUUGAAAUGAAAAAGGGAGACUGGAUCUGCACUGAAUGCAAUUUCAUGAACUUCUCUAGAAAUAUACGCUGCCUAAAGUGCAAAGCUGAAGGGCCAAAGAGAGUGAGUACAGAUGCUGUUGAAAUGAAGAAAGGAGACUGGAACUGCCCAAAGUGUGCCUUCAUGAAUUUUGCAAGCAAUAGGAAGUGUUUGCGUUGUCAAGAGACACGGCCCAAGAAAAAUCCUACAGAUUGGGACUGUCCCUCAUGUAAUUUCUUGAAUUAUGGUAGAAACACAGUCUGCCUGAAGUGCAACUGUAAAUGCCCCAAGGAAGCAACUACUAGUGAGUACGAGGAGCAGAUGUGGAGGCACCCACGCUAG